AUGAGGGAGUCCAACUUCAGCAACCCGGCGCAAAACAAGGCGUGCGUGUGCAUCUCGGCCGCCGUCUAUGACCGCAGAGCCAUCGACUGCACGGCCACCUUGCCGCUGAUCAACUCGCUCAACCAUCUGGCCUACCUCACCUCGACCUCGCCCCGCAUUCGCGAGAUGGUCACUCUCGACGGCGGCCUCGAGAGGCUCAUCCGCAUUCUCCGCACCAUCCCAAAGACCCCCUCGCCCAAUGCCCGCGCCAUCUCGAUCAAGGAGAUGCAGGCCAUCUGGAAGUGGAGCCUGGCAUUCCAGUGCGUCGUCAACAUCGGCGUUCGCGGCAGCGAAAACGUCCGGACGCGCGUGGUCGAGGCCGGCAUGGUGCCCGUCACCAUCCGCGUGCUCGAGUCCUACCUCCGCGGCGUCGAGCAGGCCAAAGAGGAGCGGCGACGCGAGGCGGCCGAGUCGAACCGGCGCGAGGAGCGAAGUCACCGCUCAGGACAGGACGCAGACGCGCGCACAUCCGGAUCUGCGCAGCCCGCCGCGUCCAGGCUUGCAACCGCCGCUGUCACGUCGCGACAGCGCGCUUCAUCUUCCUCAACCACUCACCAGCCGGCCGCGCUACCCAGCAGCGAGGGUCUCGACGUCGACGUCGAGAUCAGCGAAGCGGCCACAGCCGCCGAGCCCACUGCGACUGAGGCGCUCCAGCUCGCGGCCCACCGGUCGAGCCGUACCGGGAGCAACGGCCGCCUGCGUCACCUUGUUAGCGAGACGCGACCGACGACGCCGCUCGAGGGGAGCACUGCUUCGACCGUGUUGGCCGGUAUGGAGAGCCGAAGCUCGUCGGACGGCUUCCUCGAGGCGCGGACCUCGAACCUGCCCGGUGGAAACGACGAUCGCAGCCCCCUGCCCAUCAUUGACGCUCUGGAUUCGAUGCCACUCGCCCCCGCCCAGGUCGACCUCGAUGGCGGUCGCCUGCACCCGCCCGUGUCGCCCUCGGCAUCGUCCUCGAGCGAGCUCCCCUCGGCUGGCGUACCCGAGAGUAACGGAGCUGACUUUGGCAGCCGCGCUCCGUCCAACUCGGGCGUCCUCACGAACGUGAGCUCGACCGAGGACUUGCGCGGCCACGGCGGCGAAGCCAGCGGAAGCGGCUCAGAGGGCGUCGAGGAUGCCGACAUGUUCGCCGACGAAGCCGAUGACAGCGAACUCGACGCCGCUGCCGCCUCCCACAGGCGCUCGACGGAAGAUAUCGUCGAGGAUGCAGAGGAUCGGCGGACGCCCAGACCCACGAGGAGAGCCCUGGCGCCGCUCGCCGACCAAGAGGCUCCGGCGGUGUUUUCGUCGGCGUUCAACACACCGGCUCAGAGCACGGCGGCCAUGGUGUCGGAGCCUACCGUCCGUCAGGAUGCUGCUGCUGCAUCGGCACGCACGCAGACGCUGAACCAGUCCGAAUUCCAGCAACAGCUUGCAGAGAGAAUGGGGCAGGGCUCGAGGUCCAGGAACCGCGAGGCUGCUCCCGCCAUCGAGGGCAGCGCCCAGUCCGGACGUGAGCGCGAGCGGGAACGGGAACGGGACCGUUCGCGCCGAGCGCCCAGCGCUUCGGCUGGAGCGAACGGAUCCGCCGCUAGGGUCGCGCAGCCCGCUCAUCACACCGUCGCGGCCGCCGCUUCGACCACCGUCGACAUGAUCUACCGCGAAGAGGAGGUCCUCCUCAGCCUGCAGCUGCUCGCCUAUCUCUCAAAGUACGCCCAUGUCCGCACCCUCUUCCACAGCUCGGACCUCGCCAACACCAAGUUUGUCGGGCCGCUCGACGUGCUCAACGAGAAUCUCAACAUCUCCACCGACACGUCGCGGAGCUGGGAUCCCUCAGAGACGCCGAAGCGCAACGUCUUCUCCGUCGCCGAAAAGUUCACGCUGCGCUCGUCUCGCAGCAGCUCGUCCCACCCGGCGCCCCGCCUCGCCAUGGAGAUCCAGUACUGGGCCGGCGUCAUCAUGCGCAACGCGUGCCGCAAGGACGAGUCACGUGGCGGCAUCCGCCAGUGCGCCAACAUGCUGUGCGGCAAGUGGGAGGCGUUCCCGCGCGAGUUUGCCAAGUGCCGCCGGUGCCGCAAGGCAAAGUACUGCUCGAAGCAGUGCCAGAGCAAGGGGUGGCAGAUGGGCCACCGCUUCUGGUGCAGCUCUAGGAGCGACGACGGCGAUGCGCGGGAGCGAGAGAGGGACCGCGGCACGCACGCCCAUGGCGCUGACGGCCGCGCCCACCCGACCGUGGUGGCCGUUGGGGCCGUCGGGACGCGGCCGGGCGAGAUCGGUUUCGCCGCCGGCCAGACGAUGGACGAGGACCUAGCUGGCGCGGCGCAGCGUUUCGAGCCGCCAGCCGCAGGCAAUGACCAGCAGGAGCCGGCGCAGGCGGCCGCCCGAUCGCCCGAGCGCUCGCAAGUCCCGUCGCACCUGCCCGGGCAGCAGCGUGCACAGGCACUCGGCCACAGCCACAACCACGGCCACGUGCAGCACCUCGCCUACAGCCAACUCGCACGCGGCAGGGACGAGACCGACGUAGCCCCAUCAAGCCAACUCCACUCAACCGCUGGAAGUCAGCUCGACUCUGCCAGUCUCGAAGCGCUGAACCGCCAGGAUCUGGACCAGAUGACGCCGCGACAGGACGACCCGCCGCAGGCGUCUGGCUCUCAGCCUGGCUUUGCAGACAAUCAGCCGCGAGCCCGUCGCCUGCACGAGAUUGUCGGGGCGCGGGGACUGCCCUCGACGCUCGCGGGCGGCCACCUGCAGGACCGGCGUGUCUCGAGCCUCGCCAGCGUCGACACCAUCGACGGCUCCGAUUUCAGCGACGACGAGCUCGACCGGCGCAUGGUCGAGACCGAGGGCAUGCACCCGGCCGUGGCGGCCGCGGCUGCAGCUGCCGCCGUCGCUGCCGGUGGCCGCAACAGAGGCGCCCACGAGGUCCCCAUCGUCGCGCCUCAGCGCACCGACCUGGCGGGUCGCCCUCUGCCGCCGCCCGUCAUCGCGUCGCAGAACGCCGACGAGGACGAGCUGGCGCUUGGAGGGAGGGCGACUCCUGGGGCUGCGGGAGACCAGGACUUUGGCGACGGCGCCUUUGACCAGAUGCUGGGCCACUGGGAUCCGAGCCGGACGGUGGGCGGGAUGGGGUUGCAGCACCGCCUCACCGAGGUCCGAGCCGAGAUCCCGUCGCCGGACCGCUCGUCGUCGCCCGACGUUGGCGCGUCGCAGGACGAGGGUGCGCGGUCCGAGGGCCGCUCAGACGAUGAGCUGCACGCGCCGAGGGCGCGGUACCACGCGCUCUACGGCCACCAGCAGCCACACUACUCGACCGCCUCGCGGGCUCACCAGCCGUUUAGCCACCGUCUGCAGCAGCAGCGGUCGAUCAGCGGCUUUGCCACGCCCGUCGGUUCGGCGCCGCACUCUUUUGGAUCUUCGAGCGUGGGUCCGUCUGCGCUCCAUCCGACGCGGGCCAUCAUGACGCCGUCUCCGCUGUCGGCCAACCCGGUGCGAAGCUUCCGCGACGUCGACCGGGCGCAGAUGCGGAGCCACGCCUCGGAAGACGACGUCGAGAUGGCCGACCGCGUCGAGUCGGGCCAUGCCAGGACGGUGUCGCACACGCCCACCACCGCCGGUCUGGAUCGCAGGCAGCGUUCGGCCAGCACCGACCGCAUGUCGAGCUCGCUCAGUGCCGCCGACGGCGAUGUAGCCAUGGACUACUGA